AUGACGGACGUAUCUUCUCGCCUCGAGCGGGUCAUGUCCAAUGACAAUGAAAUUAAAGGUGCUGUGGCGGCCACCUCGAUCCUGCACCAGAAGGCAAUCGACAUUCGCCAGCGACCAGUCACCUGGCAGUCGUACCACAAGUCGCAGAUGAUUUCCGAUCGGGACUUCAAGUUCAUCACCGCCUAUGAGGCAGUGAAGCCGGAGAAUCGCAGUGAAUUCCUCCAGGCUAAUGGCCCACAGACGGCGGAGACCUUUCUCUCGCUGCUGCACUCUCUCAGCAAGGACCAGACCAUCCAGUACGUUCUCUGUCUGCUCGAUGAGAUGUUCCUCGAGCACAAGACCCGCGUGGACAUCUUCCACAGCUACUGCGCCGAGCGAAAGACCUCACUCUGGCAGCAGUUCUUCAGUCUGCUGCACCGCGAUGAUCCCUUCAUCCAAAACAUGGCUGCCUUGCUGGUUGCCAAGUGCGCCUGCUGGAGCACCAACACCCGUUUGACGGGCAAUGACUUGAGUCUCUACCUCAACUGGAUCAAUGAGCAGCUGAAGACGUCCAAUGAGUACAUCCAAACGACGGCUCGCUGUCUGCAGCUGAUGCUGCGCAUUGACGAAUACCGUGCCCAGUUUGUCCGCCAGGAUGGCCUCACCGCCGUCUUUGGGGCGCUUGAAGCCCGUGCCAACUUUCAGAUUCAGUACCAGCUCAUCUUCUGCGUUUGGAUCUGCACCUUCGACUACGACCUGACGCUCACCAUGAACCGCUACAACGCCAUUCCCAAUCUGGCCGACAUUCUCUCGGAGUCGAUCAAGGAGAAGGUCAUUCGCAUGAUUCUGGCUACCUUUAGAAACUUGAUUGAGAAGCCCUUUGAAAAUGAGCCCGACAUUUCGCGAGAAAACGCUAUCACAAUGGUGCAGUGCAAGGUGCUGAAGCACCUGGAAAUUCUCCAGCAGUCGGGCCAAAAGUUUGACGACCCCGACAUCAAGGAGGACAUUGAGUUUCUCUUUGAGAAGCUGCAAGCCUCGGUGCAGGACCUGUCCUCCUUUGACGAGUACUCCACGGAGAUUCGCUCCGGCCGCCUCGAGUGGUCGCCGGUGCACACCAGUGAAAAGUUCUGGCGAGAGAAUGCCGCCCGGCUGAAUGAGCGAAACUACGAACUGCUGAAGAUUCUGAUUCGUCUGCUGGAGGCCAGUCGAGAUGCGCUGGUUCUCUCGGUGGCUGCUCACGAUCUCGGCGAGUACGUCCGCCACUACCCUCGAGGAAAAGUUGUCACCGAGAACCUAGGUGGAAAGCAGCUGGUGAUGCAACUUCUCGGCCACGAUGAUCCCAAUGUGCGGUACGAGGCCCUGCUCUGUGUUCAGAAGUUGAUGGUUCAAAAUUGGGAGUACCUUGGCAAGCAGCUGGAGAAGGACACGAAGAAGGAGGUGGCCGUCAAAUGA